AAACUUUCUUGUGCAAAAAAGAUUGGUUAUAAAAGACCAACCAUUAUCACGUUAUUUUUAGUGCCAUUUUUUUUUGGUGAGGGAGAGAGAUAAGAAAGAAGAGAAGAGAGCAAAAAAAAAUGAACAUUAAAAGGAAUUUGUUGAAUAUCAUAAUAUUCAUUUGUGUAUGUCUCCAUUUGGGUUGUAACGAGGGAGCCCAAGAAAGCCAGAAGAAAGAUAUUGACUAUCAUACCAUCCUCCAAGUCAGCUCUCUCUUCCCUUCAUCGUCAUCAUCAUCAUCACCUUGUGUUCUUUCUCCCAGAGCGACUAAGACAAAGUCAUCACUGCACGUGACGCACAGACACGGCACGUGCUCGCCUCUAAACAACGGCAAAGCCACGAGACCAGACCAUGUCGAGAUCCUCAAACUCGACCAAGCGCGCGUUAACUCAAUCCACUCAAAACUAUCAAAGAAACUCACAACUAACCACGUCGGUCAAAGCCAGUCAACAGACCUACCAGCUAAAGACGGAAGCACACUUGGUUCAGGAAACUACAUCGUGACUGUCGGACUCGGGACACCAAAGCACGAUCUAUCACUAAUUUUCGACACCGGAAGCGAUCUAACGUGGACUCAAUGUGAGCCAUGUGUUCGAACUUGCUACAGCCAAAAGGAACCAAUCUUUAACCCUUCUAAGUCUUCUUCUUACUACAACGUUUCCUGCUCAUCCCCUGCGUGUACUUCUCUCUCUUCCGCUACAGGAAACGCCGGAAGCUGUUCAGCUUCGACUUGCAUCUACGGUAUACAAUACGGCGACCAAUCGUUCUCCGUCGGCUUUCUCGCCAAGGAGAAAUUUACACUAACGAACUCCGACGUAUUCGACGGCGUUUAUUUCGGCUGCGGGGAAAACAACCAAGGACUUUUCACCGGUGUCGCCGGACUUCUCGGUCUUGGUCGUGAUAAGCUCUCAUUCCCGUCGCAGACGGCAACGGCUUACAAUAAGAUCUUCUCUUACUGCCUCCCUUCCUCCGCCAGCUACACCGGCCAUCUUACCUUCGGAUCCGCCGGAAUCUCCAGAUCCGUCAAAUUCACUCCGAUCUCAACCAUCUCUGAUGGAAACUCCUUCUACGGUCUCAACAUCGUUGGAAUCACCGUCGGCGGUCAGAAACUGGCGAUUCCUUCAACCGUAUUCUCUACUCCGGGAGCUUUGAUCGAUUCCGGAACCGUUAUCACUCGUCUCCCUCCAAAAGCCUACGCGGCGUUACGGAGCUCGUUCAAGGCUCAGAUGUCAAAGUAUCCGACCGCGUCGGGCGUAUCGAUCCUGGACACGUGUUUCGAUCUCAGCGGAUUUAAGACGGUGACGAUCCCCAAGGUGGCGUUCUCUUUCAGCGGUGGCGCCGUCGUCGAGCUUGGCUCCAAAGGGAUUUUUUACGCGUUUAAGAUAUCGCAGGUAUGUUUGGCGUUUGCGGGGAAUAGCGAUGACAGUAACGCUGCUAUCUUCGGAAACGUUCAGCAGCAAACGCUAGAAGUUGUGUAUGAUGGUGCGGGUGGGCGGGUCGGGUUUGCUCCUAAUGGGUGUAGUUAAUUGAAAAAUAAGAUUAAAAACGGGUAAAUGUUUAAAUUUAUGGAUCUGGCACAAAUUAGCUUUAUCCCUUAAUCAAGUGUGUAAUUUGGGUAAAGACUAAAAAGAGCAUAAUAGUCUCUCAAGUAAUUGUACAGUAAUAAGUUUGUGUGGAUAAAACAACAAUUACCAAAACAAACUGUUUAUUUGUACCU